UUUUUCAACCAGGUCGCAAGUAUAAAUGCUAUAUAGUUUGACCAUACUAAACCAUCAAAUUUUAUAUAAUAAAUUAUUAUAAACAAUUCAAUUAAUUUAAUUUUAAUUUAUUUAUGAUAAAUAUUUUUUUUAUGAUAAAUUAUUAUAAACAAACAAUUCAAUCAAUUUAAUUUUAAUUUUAAAGGUUAGUAAAAGAAUAGUCACCACUCAUUCCUUAAGAAGAUAAGAUUAAGAAAAAUCACCUCUCUCUCUCUCUCUAUCUAUCUAUCAAAACAGGCGUUACUGUGAUUAGUAAAGAACCAUUUGGUUACGUCUUAACUCCUGCAUUCUUUACGCUCCUUCGUCACCUUCGAUUUUGUGUGGUUUCAGACAUUUUUCUCCGCCAAAAUAGUCUGAGAAAUUAACGGAGGUCGAUCCUCGGUCUUACUCAUCGUCGCCCUUAUCUUUUUACUCUAUUGCACUGAACUCAAAUAUCAAGAACGUAAAUUCGUGAUUUUAUCCUGGAGUUCUAAUGAUUAGACAUGUAGGGAUCUGCAUGCGUUCACUUGCUUUUGAUUUGGCUGUUUCGUUUUUCUCAUAAAAGUUUUUUUUGGGUCUAAGUUUUUUUUUUUUUUGUAAACUCUCUAAGUUGAGUUUACAAAUAUAUGAUUUUGGGUUUUAUUCUUCUUACACCUAGCUUAAGAGUGCAAUAUAAGUUUCCUGGUUUUGAAUCCUUGAUCUCUGAAUUUGGAUUUCAUCGACCAGAUCUAGAGUAGAUGAUUUUGGAGACGAUAUAUAAACUUUUCUGAUAGGGUUUCAAGGACACCGACUUUUCCGUUGAUCUUCAUGCUUAGGGUUUUUGAAUUUUCAUCAAAAUCAUUUUUUUGUCACACACGUUGAUAAGACAUGAUCUUUAGCAUCUGGUCGGGGUGUAGAUAAGCUCCUAUUUGGCCUUUGAUAUGAACGUAUGCUUUACCGCAUGUUGUUUUUUUCUUACACCUUUGGCUCUUUCUUUUGUUUGUAUGAUCAAUCUCUAAGCUUGGUGACUGUUUACGCUUUUGUAUUUUGAGUUUACUGACCGGAAACGUUGUUGUGUUGUUCUCUUGCAGAUAUAUGACUAGCUUGGCUGGUAGUAGGCUACGUAAACGGCCAGACCGUAGACCAUUGUACACCGUAGAUGAUUCCGAUGACGACGAUGACUUUGUUCAAAACAAGGAUCAGGCGACUGAAAUAGUUGAAGGAACUGUCGGAAGAGAAGCGGUUACUCCUCUUACCGAGAUGGAAAAGAUUUUGGACUGCCAAAUGCGUCCUACGACAUCUAACGAUCCAGAUUCAUCAGAUAGUGCUGCACCAAAGCAAGUUGUUGUGAAACAAUAUCUUGUGAAGUGGAAGGGGUUAUCGUACCUACACUGCUCUUGGGUGGCCGAGGAAGAGUUCCAGAAGGCUUACAAGUUUAUUCGUCGGUUAAGAUCCAGGGUGAUCAAAUUUCAUUCUACAAUGGAGUCAAUGAGUAACAGUGGAGAUGAUUUUGUAGCCAUUCAUCCAGAGUGGACUACUGUUGACCGGAUUAUAGAUUGCCGGGGAGAAGGUGAGGACAAGGAGUAUCUGGUGAAGUUCAAAGAACUUUCUUAUGAUGAAUGUUAUUGGGAAUCUGAAUCAGACAUCUCAACCUUUCAAAACGAAAUCCAAAGGUUCAAGGAUAUAAACUCUGGUCAUCGCAGAGAUAAAUAUGUUGACCAUGAGAGAAAUCAUGAAGAUUUCAAACAGUUUGAUCAUACUCCUGAAUUUAUUACAGGCUCAUUGCAUCCGUACCAGCUUGAAGGGCUUAACUUUUUGCGGUUUACAUGGUCAAACCGAACUCAUGUAAUCCUCGCCGAUGAGAUGGGGCUAGGUAAAACAAUUCAAAGCAUUGCCUUUUUAGCUUCUCUUUUUGAGGAAAACUUGGCUCCAUAUUUGGUAGUUGCUCCCCUUUCUACUCUGAGAAACUGGGAGAGAGAAUUCGCCACCUGGGCACCACAUAUGAAUGUGGUUAUGUACGGUGGUACUUCUCAAGCUCGUACUGUUGUUAGAGAUCAUGAGUUUUACUUUCCAAAAGGUCAUAACAAGAUGAUUGGAAUCAGUGGAGAAAGUAGGCAGGACAGGAUUAAGUUUGAUGUCAUCCUCACGUCUUAUGAGAUGAUCAACGUAGACACAGAAGUCCUAAAACCAAUCAAGUGGAAGUGCAUGAUUGUUGAUGAAGGCCAUCGGUUGAAAAACAAAAACUCAAAGUUGUUCAAUUCGCUGAAGCAGUAUACGAGUGACCAUCGCAUUCUUCUGACAGGAACACCACUUCAGAACAACUUGGAUGAGCUUUUCGUGCUCAUGCAUUUUAUUGAUGGGGAGAAGUUUGGAAGUUUGGAGGAGUUUCAGGAGCAGUACAAAGACAUAGAUCAAGAGGAGCAGAUAUCAAGGCUCCACAAAAUGCUGUCUCCCCAUCUGCUCAGAAGGGUAAAGAAAGACGUGCUGAAGGACAUGCCCUCUAAGAAGGAACUCAUCUUGCGGGUUGAUCUGAGCAGCAAGCAGAAAAUAAUUUACAAAGCUAUUAUGACCCGGAACUAUAAAAUAUUAGCAAAAAGAGGUGCUAAGAUAUCGAAUGUGCUCAUGGAAUUGCGGAAAGCUUGCUUACAUCCCUACAUGGUGGAAGGUGUUGAGUCCCAGAUUAAAAAUGAAAAUGAAGCUUUAAAAGAGCUCCUAGAAUCCUCUGGAAAAUUGCAACUUCUAGACCAAAUGAUGGUCAAGCUUAAAGAGCAAGGACACAGAGUUCUGAUUUACUCACAAUUUCAGCACAUGUUGGACCUACUUGAAGACUACUGUGCUUACAAGAAGUGGUUCUAUGAAAGGAUUGAUGGAAAGGUUAAUGGAGCUGAGAGGCAAGCACGGAUUGAUCGCUUUAAUGCCAAAAAUUCGAACCGGUUCUGUUUUCUGCUUUCUACAAGAGCUGGCGGUGUAGGGAUAAACCUUGCAACUGCUGAUACUGUCUUCAUUUAUGACAGUGAUUGGAACCCUUAUGCGGAUCUUCAGGCUAUGGCUAGAGCUCAUCGAAUUGGCCAGACUGAGAAGGUAAUGAUUUACAGGCUCAUAAGCCGGGGUACUAUUGAAGAAAAAAUUGUGCAAAUCUGUAAAAGAAAAAUGCUUCUAGAGCAUCUUGUUGUGGGGAAAUUAAAAGCACCAAACCUUAGCCAGGAAGAGUUAGAUGACAUCAUCAGGUAUGGUUCCAAGGAGCUUUUUGCUGAAGAGAAUGAUGAAGCAGGAAAGUUUGGAAAAAUUCAUUAUGAUGAUGCUGCUAUCGAAAAGUUGCUAGACCGUGAUCAUAUAGAUGCUGAGGAGGACUCAGUGGAUGAUGAAAAUGAAAAUGGGUUUUUUAAAGCUUUCAAGGUAGCAAACUUUGAGUUCAUAGAUGAUAAUGAGGCUGCUGCCUCAGAGGAGGCACAGGAUAUAGAAAGCAAGUCUUCAUCAGAAAACUAUUGGGAAUAUUUGUUAAAAGACAAAUAUGAAGUGCAGCAAGCUGAGGAGGUCAAUGCUCUUGGAAAGAGGAAGAGAAACUGUAAGCAGAAGCUUGGUGAAGAUGAGCUUGCUUACCUAGAAGCGAGCUCUGAUAAUGAAGAAGAUGAACAAACUGAAGCUGAAGAUGAGCUUGCUUAUCUAGAAGUGAGCUCUGAUGAUUGUGUAGCAUCUGGACAGGGAAACCAGAUAGCUUAUUGGCCUUGGACUCCAGCGAGCUCUGCUUAUGAAGAAGCCAAACCAAUGGAUGGUGAAGCAGCUAGACAAGGAAACCAAAUGGCUAAAAGGCCUUACCAUAGGACUCGCGAUACUUUGGAACCAAUACCUUUGAUAGAAGGAGAAGGGAGAUUUCUCAAGGUGUUAGGUUUUAACGAGCUGCAAAGGAAGAAAUUUUUAACGACUUUGGAGAGGUACGGAGUUGGCAACUAUGACUGGAAGGAGUUUGUUGAUCCUUUAAAGCCGAGGACCUAUGAUGAAAUAAGAAGUUAUGGAUUACGUUUCUUGAAGCACAUCGUCGAAGACAAAGAUGUUAACUCUCCAACCUUUUCAGAUGGAGUCCCCAAAGAAGGACUGAAAUGUAAGGAUGUACUCGCCAGAAUUGCUUCUGUGAUGUUAGUACAAAAGAAGGUGAAACAUAUGGAAGCCAAUCCAACAAACCCUGUUUUCUCUGACCGCAUUUUACAUAGGUUCCCUGGACUAAGAUUAAGAAGAGCAAAAUUUGCGAACGAGGAAUGUGACAGGAUCCUGUUGUCUGCUGUUUCCAAGAACGGGGUUGGAAAAUGGAGAGCCCUUGUUAAUGACAUAGAGUUUGGGAUCUACGAGCUCGUCCGAAAAGAAUUGAACAUCCCUCCCACAAGUUUUAUUAAUGCUAAUGGAAUCGUAAAAGAUCCGGAUAUAAUAAUUACUGAUCAUAUGAGAAGACGGUUUCUGAUUCUUGAGGAGGCGAUAAUAAAUGAGUUUGCAGAAGACUACUACUUUGGACCAAAGCCUUCAUCUCUGAACCGUGCUCUAAAAAAUGGUCUACUGAAUCAGCCCAUCGAUUUUUUUUCUGCUAAGUUUCGACUAUUAACCGAACGUGCCUUACAUGAGUUUGCCAGCAAGAACAUAAGCAGGAACCUAAGUGCCAUUGGAACAUAUGUUAAUGUGAAUAUGGAAGACGAACGAGUAACUGAAGUCAUUGUGCUGGACGACUGAUUUGAGGAAAAUGAAAACACCAAGAACCUUGAACCAAAACAUAUGUGAUUGGAUUUGGAAUUAUUGUUGUUUCUAUUUAUUAUUGUUUGGGAUUAGAUUGGAUUUUUAGUUAUCUCAAAAGGAUUAUGAUUUAUCGAAUCUAGUGAACCAAAAUAUACUUGGUCUCUAGUGAUUCCCAUAGCUGAAGGAUGAUUAUGAUUUUUAGUUAUCUCAAAAGGAUUAUGAUUUAUCAAAUCUAGUGAACCAAAAUAUACUAUGUCAUGAUAAUUGUAGGAUGAAUUUUGAUUUCUGUAACUUAUAAUAAACCUUCGAGCAUCAAUUAGCAUUGUAAAAACUCAAAAAUACUUGAAUGGUUACUAUGUGGUACGACUAAAUUCUUGAUUUUAUUUUAUUUUGACUAUUUUUAAAAGUUCUUUUUAAAUAUAGUGUUUUGCAUUUUCAGCUUGAGUACAUUCUUGUCAGUGUUCAACUUGUAAUUAAGAAGAUUUAUAUUUCUUUUGAUUUGCAACUUCAAUUAUGUAUAUGAUAUCAAUAGAUAUUAAACGUACUAUGUGUUGUAGUGUACAUUGCUAGUACACAGAUAAAUGAUAAAAAAAAGUUAUAACAUAUCAGUCUUAAAAAAUAAAAAA